ACUCCGUCAGCCAAGGCAGUGAAAAAACACUGAUGAAUACUGCUGCUAUUUUUAGCGACAGGAUGUUACGUCAUUAUCUUUUUAUAGAUAAAUGUGUGGACUUUAUAAAAAGCAUACAGGACUGUUUCUGUGUCAGUCCUCUGUGUAUACGCAUCUAAAAAUACUCAUAUUAAAUAUACAAGUAAUAGCAUGUCACGUAUCAUGUUUUUUUUUUUUUUUUUCCUUCCUUUUUUCCCCCCAAGGUAGGAGAACAUGAGGUUACGGUUUUCUCAUAGCUCUUGAAUUCUAAGCUAAUUUGAUACUAACCAGACUUGCUGUAUCUCUGAUGGAAGAGCGGUGUCUUGAAACUAUCCGGUAAGCCCUCGUGCGACACGGAUCGCGGGGGGGGGGCGGAGUCAUCCAGGAAGUGGUUUUUUUUUUGUUUUGUUUUUUUUAAUCAAUCAGAAGAUUGGAAUCGAUUUGGCGCCGCAAUUUUUUUUUUUUCUCAUUUUCUCUCAAUUGUGGCUCAUUUUUGGAGCCACAAUUUAUUUAAAAAAAAAAAAAAAAAAAAAAAAAAAAAACCAACAACACACACUGCAUGUUUGAUUCACUUCCUCUCGUUAAGUCGAUUCCGUGUGGAAUCAGUUUCUCAGAAAUGAACUCACGGAGACGCUCGAGGAUUGGUUGGUUCAGUCCACACCAGAGUAUGAUUGCUGAGUCCUCACUUGCUUAAAAGGUGCAAUAGUCAAUUUUUUUAAAAAAAAAAACAAUUAUAUCCUGGAAGAUAUUUUAGAGAACGUGAUAUUUAAAAAAAAAAAUAUCGGAAUAUUUAAGGGUUUUUAAACCCGUUUGGAAAACCGACUUCCAGUCCGGAAUUCUUGCUCGUGUUCGGAUGCACUUCCUGUCAGUCGUUUUUUUUGUACACACUCCUUAGAGUGUCAGUGUAGAUCUGUAGAUCUCUUAAAAAAAAAACAAAAAAACAUUCAAACGUCAAACCGACCUAAUUGUGAUUUGUAAUAAUCUUACCUACUGCACCUUUAUUUUAUUUUUUUUUAUUUAUUUAUUUAUUUAUUUAUUUAUUUUUUAACCAGAGGCCAAAAGAGUUUUGUUUUGUCCGUGUUUUUUCCCCCCAUAAGGAUUUCUUCAUUUUUCCCAUUCUACUGGGUUUAAAACCGAUCAUUUUAUUGUAGCACUUGUCUACUGUGUUUCAUUAUCAAAAGCUUCAGUUUUAGCUAGUUUAGUUUGAUCUCUGCACCAGUGUUAUUGUGGAGAGGUGUGCACUGUUCGCCCAGCAGCGUGCUCACACCCCUCCCUGCUCACCGGUCAUGAUACUCUACACACAGAAACCCAACGGCGUCCUGACUAACCUCCUAACAGACCUGUAGCGAUAAAAUCAUUUGUCUGUUCACACCGAUUGAAUACGUCCGAUAAGUCGAAUGCCAGUGUACUGUACUGCUAGAAAGGGUUAAAGGACCCCGGGUGUGUGGGACGGGACGGGACGGGACGGGACGGAACCACGCCAGGGUUCCGUUCAAACGGAUUAAACGGCACAAAGCCUGGGUACGUUCAUGAAAACAACAUCAGAUUUGAGAAAUUCACAGCAACUGGAAAGAAGGCGAGAACCUGGAUGACUUUAAAGCUUUACAACAGCACUCCAUGGUGUAGGUACAUGUUUGGGUUUGGAGCAACCGGCCCACGUGACAACCAACCCCAUUCUCCCCUAUUAUAGAAAUGAUGAUAAUUACAGGUCUAUAAAGAAAAUAAAAGAAAAGAAAAGAAAAGAAAAGAACACCCUGAACAUUUCACUUUGGUGAAAAAGGAAAUAAUCCCGUGCGCGCGUGUGUGUUAGUGGGCGGACCCUGGACUUGUCCGCUGAGACAGGUUUCUUCCUGUGAUGUAGAGAGAGAGAGAGAGAGAGAGAGAGAGAGAGAGGCGCGCGCUUGUACAGAAGGAGAGAUACGUUUUGUUUUUUCCUCCAGGGACAGGGACAUGACUGCGGACGGUAUUGACGGUAUGGAGCGGUUCGAGAGCCCCGGUAAAGGCAGGGGGCUGCGCGUGACCAGAGCGUACCGGGUGGGCGAGCUGCUCUUCGUCUGCCCCGCUUACUCGCACGUGCUGUCCGUGAGCGAGCGCGGCUACACGUGCGAGCACUGCUUUGCGAGGAAAGAGGGUCUUUCGAAAUGUGGAAAAUGCAAGAAAGCGUUCUACUGCAACGUGGAAUGUCAGAGAGGCGACUGGGCGAUGCACAAGCUGGAAUGCUCGGCGAUGUGUUCGUUUGGGGAGAGCUGGUGUCCGUCAGAGACUGUCCGUCUGGUGGCUCGGAUAAUCACCCGCAUGAAAGUUCAGAAAGAGAGGAGCGACUCGGAGAAACUGCUCUUGUUAAAAGAUCUGGAGGGCAACCUGGAUAAGUUGGAUAAUGAGAAAAGGGAGAUGAAUGAGGCGGACAUAGCCGAACUGCAUCACUUCUACUCCAAACAUCUGGACUUUCCUGACCACCAGGCUCUGCUUACUCUGUUUGCUCAGGUGCACUGUAACGGUUUCACAGUGGAGGACGAGGAGCUCUCUCACGUCGGAUCAGCGGUGUUUCCAGAUGUCGCGCUGAUGAAUCACAGCUGCUGCCCCAACGUCAUCGUCACGUACAGAGGAACCUCAGCAGAGGUGCGAGCUGUGAAGGAUAUCAGCCCGGCAAUGGAGGUAUACACCAGCUACAUCGACUUGCUUUACCCAACAGAAGACAGAAUGGAGAGACUCAGGGACUCGUACUACUUCACCUGCGACUGCAAAGAGUGCAAAACCAAAUCCAAGGACAAGGUAAAACUGAAGCUGAGAAAGGUGAACGGUGAUGAACCGCGCUCAGAGGAGAUCAGGGAGAUGCUUCGCUACGCACGAAACGCCAUCGAAGACUUCCGCCGCGCCAAACAGGAGAAAACCCCUGCAGAGCUGCUGGAGAUAUGUGAGCUCAGCAUGGACAAAAUGGGCUCCAUGUUCGAGGAUUCCAACGUCUACAUGCUGCACAUGAUGUACCAGGCCAUGGGAGUGUGUAUGUACAUGGAGGAUUAUGACGGCGCCGUGAGCUAUGGAGAGAAAGUCAUAAAACCGUUCAGGCAGCUGUAUCCGGCCUACUCCCUGAACGUCGCCUCGAUGUACCUGAAGCUGGGGAGACUGUACACGGUUCUGGACCGACUCUCUGCAGGAUCCGCUGCCCUCAAAAAGGUAGUAUACUCAAAUGGUAUUGUUUUAAACGAAUAUAUAUAUUUUUUCUCCCUCCGACAGUUUGCUUCUUCAAUUGUAUCUAAAAAGUAACAUACUGCAGCUUUAAGUUCAGUUUUUUUUUUUUUUUUUCCCAAUUUGUCAUCUUUGUGUGUCUCCCCU